AUGUCUCCAGUGGAAAAAGACCAAACACUUACCCCAAGCUCGCUGGGAAGUUCUCUGAACAAAAUACCCCAUUCACAAUCCACUCCCGGUGUGUCUGGUUCUAAAACACCGCCAACGACACCCAGAAGGGGAGGGAAAAUGCUCAACGUUCGUGUCCAAAUGUUGGACGAUUCAGUUACACUGUUUCAAGUGCAGACAAAAGCUGACGGGUCAGUGUUAUUUGAACAAGUAUGUAAACAACUAAACUUGUUGGAAGCCGAUUAUUUUGGCCUUGAAUAUCAAGAAGGUUCUACAAAACAUUGGUUAGACCUAGAAAAGCCAUUAAACAAACAAAUAGGACUGUCGCUUGUGGAACCAUUAAUGAGGUUUUGUGUUAAGUUCUACACACCUGAUCCUGCUCAAUUGGAAGAGGAAUACACCAGGUAUCUGUUUUGUUUACAAGUGAAACGAGAUUUAUCACAUGGGCACAUGCAAUGUAAUGAUAACACUGCUGCUUUAAUGGCCUCUUAUAUUGUACAAGCUGAAUGUGGAGAUUAUUCUGCUGACGAUUAUCCAGAUCACACUUAUUUAUCGUCACAUAAAUUUGUUCCACACCAAGACAGAGAAAUGGAAAUAAGAAUAAUGGAAAGUCAUAAAAGGCAUAUCGGACAAACACCAGCAGAAGCCGAUUUAAAUUUAUUAGAAACUGCACGUCGGUGUGAAUUAUAUGGGAUCAAAAUGCAUUCAGCAAAGGACCCUGAAGGUGUUCCUUUAAAUCUUUCGGUUGCACAUUUGGGCGUGUUGGUUUUUCAAAAUUUUACAAAAAUUAAUACAUUUUCUUGGGCCAAAAUCCGAAAAUUGAGCUUUAAACGUAAAAAAUUCCUUAUCAAACUACAUCCUGAGGGAUAUGGUUACUUUAAAGAUAUAGUGGAAUUUAUAUUUGAAACUCGUAAUGAUUGUAAAAGUUUUUGGAAAAAAUGUGUAGAAAAUCAUGGCUUUUUUAGAUGUUUCACUGUAAAACGUUUACCACGUCAACGGACCAAAGUUCUAAGUCGAGGAUCAUCAUUCAGAUAUAGUGGUAAAACUCAAAAACAAAUGGUGGAAUUUGUUAGGGAAAACUUUGUUAAACGUCAAACAUUCCAAAGGUCUCAAUCAUUUCGGCAUCCCGGAUUGUCGCAUUCUUCCAUGCUUGCUGGUUGUAUUAUUGACAGUUUACCAGCACAUCGUUUAUUGCCCCUCGCAAAUUCGGAAGCCACGAGCCUAGCGGGUUCUCUGAGUCCGAACGCAGUCCAUCGCCAGGUGGUGCUUGGAGAGGUGUCGACUGCUCAAGUUGUACAUCCGACGACAGUGAUGACGACAACUUCGGACAUAACUUCCAUCACUUCGUCCCAGCACUCGUACAGCGUCAACGAUCCAGGUCAGAAACAUUCCGCCGUAAACAACAUUAUUAUGUACCCAAACGUCAUUUGCACUAGACCUUGUACACGUACAAAUGUUAUCAGGUCAAAUUAUUACGAAGACGAUUAUGACACUGAUAAAUCAUACGCGUCCUCUAGAUAUUCUGAAACUUUUUACAAAGAUAUUAGAUGUCAAUCUAGUCAGACUGAUUUAAUACUUAUUGAUAAAUCAACCCCUUCCAUUUAUAGUUGGCAACGUAGCUCUAGCUGCAAAGAGUUUAAUUCAUCUAGGUCUUGUUCUGGUGAAACUCCUCCAGUUGAAAACGAAGAAGUAAAUUCCUCAUUUGAUAGAAACAGUUCAGUAGAUCAUCCUAUUACAAAAAUUUUCUCAAGUAGUUAUCCGGGUACAACUUCUAGUUUAUCAACUGAAAGUGGUAGUGAUCGUAAACUUGAAAUUACUGGUAAUGCUAGGGUAGUACCAGAUAAAGAUGAUAUGUACCAAGAUGACAUUAGUCAAGAUUCAUACGAGUUAUUAGAAAAAGAAGUAUUUAAUAAUACUAUUAGUGAUGAUGAAGAUGAAAUAUUUUUUGUAGAAAAUGAUAAUAAAGAAAAUACUUUAGCAAUUGAAAAACGAUUUGGUUAUUUAGAGCCUAAAUAUAGAGAUAUAGAGUUCAAUAAGUUUAAUGAAAUUUGUAAAAAAGAAUUGGCUUCCCGAAGUAAAGAGCAAAUUUUUGCUAAUAAUACAAUUCGAUUCAAUGCAUUUGAAAAUAAAGGUGAAACUGGUCAUGUUCCCGUGGAACGAACGAAAAGUGAUUCAUAUAUGAGUGCUCCUAAACAUAAAUCUCAUAGACUGCUACAUCAAAAGUCUAUAGAUUUGACACCCCUUGAUACAUUUGAACCAAGUAUUGUUAAAUUAGAUUUAGAUAUACCCUAUAUAUUACAUAAACGACACACAAUUGAGGGUUCGCCUAAUGAAGAAAGUACAGUCAAAUGGUCGACAAUUAAGUGUGGUUCGGAUCAUUAUUCUCAAGAUUCAGGCCUAUCAUUAUCAACACAAUCCACUGGUAACGUAAGUGUUGAAGAUGACAGUCCUGUUGAUUUAGAUACACUUUUAUUAAAUAAAUAUUACGAUGAUGUAGUAACCACAUCUAAAAGUUCAGAGCUUAUUCAAAUGGCAUACAAAUCAACUUCAUUCAAUGAAUCUGAAAUUAGACCAUCGUCUGGUGAAAAAAAUAACAAGCUGAAGUCUUGUCAUAGUGCUGACAGUGUACCUGUGAGUAAAGUCAAGAAAAUUUGUUACCAACCUCGAAGUGCAGAUAAUGGAUUAAAAAAAGAAGUAGAAGUUAUAAAAAUUGACCCUGAUGAAGAAGAGCCUAAACCCGAAGAAAUUAUAAUUGUGGAAUAUAGAGGUGGAAAAGCUAAAAAAUUAAGAAAGGACUCAUUGGGCAGUAAAGAUAACAAGAGUUUAGGAUCAGCUUCUACAUCCAUUGCUUCAAAUUCACCUGGAAUUUCUCCAGAAAGACGUAUUUCAAAUAGUCCAAAAAAAGAAAACAAUUUUAAGUCAUCUGUUGUUAAAGUUAAAAUCGCUUCUGCUUUAAGUUCUAAUUCUAUUCACAUAGUUCCAAAUGUUGUGAUUAGUGAUGAUGAUAAUAAUGGAACAAAACAUAAUAAAUUAAUGGAGUAUAAUGCCCUCCCUGAUAUUGUGUCCAAUUCGGUAAAGAGCUCUCAAAUAAUUAAUUCAAAAGUAGCUAGUGAAACACAGAAAGUUGAAAUUAGCAGUGUAAGAAAAGACGAAGAGCAAGUCGUUCCUGAUGGUAACAGUUUUAACGAAACUAAAAUAAAAUUGAAAAAUGCAUUGUCUAGUAUGAUGGUUUCACAACAAAUUACAGUGCCACAACCUAUAGAUACUGAAUCUAAGGAUGUUAAAAUCAAUAAAUUCCAAUCUUUAGCAACAAAAAUAGCUGACUUUGAUGGAUUUACUACUUUAAAAAAAGACAAGUCACCUUCCGAAUUAUUGAGAAAAAUACUACCUGAUAAAAUAUCUCAGAAUAGAGAAAAAUCUCCUAUACUUUUUGCUAGGUUAGGUUUAUCUGAGGGUUCAGCAUUUCCAAAUGUAUCUGGGCAAAACCAGUCACAGAGGCGGGCUAUUUCUUUAGAUUCACCAGUUGUUUCCCUGCAUCAACUUCCUUUAGUUACGUCAUUUUCUAGUAAAGAUGAUACAGUUGAUAACGAAGAUGAGGUAGAGUUGGAAGAAAAACCAAUCAAAUGGUGGAACAUUAAAGUUGAUGAGACUGUUGUAGAAUGCCUUACAUAUUUAAUCAAUGCUGUUGUUAAAGAAUCUGAAGAAUGUAAUAGUAAAUCACUGUCAUCAAGUGUAACACCUGAAAGAAGACGUUCAAGUACUAGACAAGAACGUUUGGACUCUUUAAAAAAAUUAAAAAAUUUUGAAAUUGAAGUUUGGGAUUCUGAAGAAUUAAAUGUGGCGUCAGCUAUUGAUUAUGAACAUAAGGACUUUGAAGAUGAAACUUUUAUUGUGUCUGAUAUUACUUGUGCACCUAAUACUGACAUAAAAAACCAAAAUAAUAAAUCUAACAACAAAUGUUCGACUGAUGACGAUUGGAUGUCUGUCGAUGAUUCUGGAAGUAGUGAAGAAAUACCAUUUAAAGAACUUGACUCUCAAAGUUCAGAUGAAACAAAACGCACAGCUCAAAAAACAGGUCAGAGUGUUUCAGAAAUUAUUGAGGAUACUGUAAUUGAAGCAGAUAACUUAAUAUUAGAUAGAAAUGAUCAAAGCGAAAAAGAGCCUGAUCCUAGUUCAGAUGUAUUCAUAGAAGAAAUUGAUCAUGCUGAGUUAAUUAAUAAAUUAGGGUGCAUUGAAAUACCACCAAAGUUAGAACCUAAACGGCAUCAUAGACUUUCAUUAGAAAGUUCUGGUAGUUCAAGUCUUGAUGAUCCGCCUCAUAUGGAUGAUUUGAGCGGAAACAUUGCCGAUGAAGAAGAUGUCACCUCUAGUCCUUUACCACCAACUCCAGAUGUUACUUAUUCAGGUAUGUAUCUCAUAGGGUAUGGUAUAUAUGGAAUGUCACGAACAUUGUCUAGAAUAAGUGAACAAAGUACAUCAGAAAAAUCUGAAAUUGACGAUGAGUUAUCAACAAAAUAUUCUACUCAAUCAGCGUCACUAGACGAUUCAAUACUGUCUAGUGAUUGUCAGCCAAGUUUAUGUUCUGAUGCGAUGGAUAGCUUACCAGAUUUGCCGCCAUUACCAGAAGAGUAUGCAUUUGAUAUUCCUCCACCAGUCGAACAAUGGCCUUCUCCUAAAAGUGAAGACCUUACACCAGUGGAACAAAAACAUUUUGAUGAUGAUGAAGAUGCAAAAACAAUUCAUAAUGAAGAUUUUGUAGAAGAAGAAACAGAAGAACCGCGUCGAGCACCAUCUACGAACAAACCUAGGCUAUCGUUUGGUGAUGAUACUUCAGCUGGCGUGUCUACAUCAGAAUUUUCAAGUAAUGCUACAAUACUUCACCACUACGAUAGUGUUUGUCCACCUCCAGAAUUCUUGAACAAAGACUCUGAUGAAUAUGAUUCGCCAUUUACUGAGUCUGAUGAAUCAAAAUUCUACCGGCCACCACCUCACAUGUUUGAACUACCCAAGACCAGUAUGAAAACUAGAAAGAGCCGUAUGGCACAUGGUCCUGCAUCAUUGGAUGCACCUGGGCCAAAACCAAAGACAUUAGCUACUAGAGCUCGUUGCCAUUCUUAUUUCUCAUUGACUCGCAGUCCUCCUAGUGACGCUUCAUCAUCUUCACUUGAGGCUCAAGAGCCGCCCAAUGUGCCAAAUACAAUACCUAGGGCUUCCAAAAGAAGACGUUACACACAUACUUUAAAGAGAAAACCUAAAGUGAUACAAAUUACAAAAGUAUAG